UUUCACUAACAGCUGACAAACAGUUGGCAGAUAACUUUUUAAUCCGAUAGCUAUAAACUUGCGCCUAUCGACUUCAUCUCCACAAUCGUCGAAGUGGAUGUCACAGCAAAGGCGUGAUAAGGCAGUGACUCUUAUUCGUUGGUGACUCAAAUUCGAAAUUUGCAUAGUUGGAAUAUGCUGUCCUAGAUUCCAAAGGGGAAAGAGAACAACUGUUUGCUAUUAUAAAGGUGAAUAUAUUCAACAACUAUUUGAUAGAUGAAUAUAUCGCGUCGAUAUUAGAUAUCAAUCCAUACACCAAAUUGCCAUUGUCUACCUAUAAACAGGAACUACCUAUACAACAAUGCACUCAUCUCAAAUAUAUUUCAAAAUGAGAUCACCGGCUCUUCGACUAGCUCAAAGCACGUCCCGCUAUGUUCAGACGAGGAGUUACUCAACGACCCCUACGCCAGUUCGACAUCUCAUGUCAAUCAGCGAUCUAACACACAAUGAAUUCUUAACCUUGGUGGGCAGAGCCGCGCUAGCUAAACGUCUUGCUAAAGAUGGGAAAUUUCCCCGUAAGUGGGGUCAGACGUUGGCUGGGCAGACGGUAGCCAUGAUGUUCAGCAAGCUCAGCACCCGGACUCGAGUCUCGACAGAAGCUGCUGCAGCUAUGAUGGGGGCUCACCCUAUGUUCCUUGGGAAGAAUGAUAUCCAACUAGGAGUGAAUGAGUCAUUACUAGAUACAUCCAAAGUCAUCUCAUCCAUGACUUCCUGCAUCGUAGCUCGAGUCGGUCCUCACAGUGAUAUUACGGGUUUGGCGGAACACUCUGCCGUACCCGUUAUCAACGCGCUGUCUAAUGACUUCCAUCCGCUCCAGAUCAUCGCGGAUUUCCUUACAAUCCACGAGUCCACCCAAGCCUCGGAAAAUGCCCGCCCUGGUGAAAUCGUGCCGGAAGGGCUAAAGAUAGCGUGGGUUGGAGAUGCGAACAAUGUACUGUUUGAUUUCGCUAUCGCUUGUGUGAAAACAGGGAUUGAGUUAUCAGUCGCUACGCCUCCUGGCUAUGGCAUCCCUAAGGAGAUGGUGGACCUAAUCACCAGCCAAGCUGCGUCUACAGCGAGGCCCGGUGUCUUGAACCAAACAUCUAUCCCCGAGGAAGCCGUCAAGGAUGCCGAUUUCAUAGUGACCGACACGUGGAUAUCUAUGGGUCAGGAGGAGGAAACCCAGAAACGACUCAAGGACUUUGCCGGCUUUCAGGUCACCAACGACUUAGCGAAGCGCGGCGGAGCAAAAGCAAAUUGGAAGUUUAUGCAUUGCUUGCCUCGUCAUCAGGAGGAGGUCGAAGACGACGUCUUCUACUCUGAUCGAUCUCUUGUGUUCCCUGAAGCGGAGAACAGGUUAUGGGCUGCUUUUGCUGUUCUGGAGGCCUUUGUUGUGGACAAGGGAAUAAUUAAACCAAAAGCUAAUAAGUAGGGCACUGAUUUCAUGGCUUGGAAUUUAAACUUCAAAGCAUGAGAAAUAGAGUAAGGAUUGAUCAUUAGAUCCGGCGAGGUCUGGAAAAGGUGGACUGGCAUGGAAGAAUAUGAAUACUCAAAAACGUCUUCGCAUGGCCGACGUAGUUUAGUCUCCGUACCUAUAGCCAAACGGCAGUAAAAUCGCAACAACGGUUUAGUGAUUUUACUAAAUGUCUAUUGAGGUAGUUUGCACUAAUCCAUGGAUGACCUUCGUCUACAAUGUAGCAAUCCCAAUCAAGC